UGUGCUGCGUGCAUGUGUAUGUGUGUGUGUGUGUGUAUAAAAGCCUCUCUCUCCAUGCUUUCACUCCACUCUGAGAUCUCCAUUGCAUUGCAGAGAGGAUAGACGCACGGGAGGGGAUACAACUAGAAGAGAGCCCUGUGAGAGAUUUCUUUGACCUUGCCUCUCUUUUUCCCUCUCUCUCUCUUUCCCUCUCUCACUCUCUCUCACUUUCCCCAAUGUGCCGGGGGUGUCCCUCCUUUCCCCCACAUCCUUGCACUCACUGAGUGUCUGUGCUCUGCUUGGACGGUGGCUUCAUCGAUGCAAAAUGGGUUGUGGCAAUUCCUCAGCCACCAGCACUUCAGGAGGGGGGCCAGCAGAAGCCUCCAAGGAUGUGACAGAGGAUCCAUCAGCAGAAGAUGAGAAAAGAAGAAACUAUGGCGGCGUCUACGUCGGUCUCCCAGCAGACCUGACCACCGUAGCUGCGAGUCAGUCCAAGUCGACGCGUAAAGACUAGUGACGAUUAAACCCAACAGGACGCAGGAUUCUGUAUUUUCAUUCACUCGUAUAACAAGCCAAGCGCCCGGAUUGGUGCUCGCCAUACACUGACUGCAGUCUGCAGCUUUUUGCACUGGCACCGAGCGAGAUGUGGACAGCUUGUCUGGGCCCCGAUGAAAUGACCCCAAGGAGCCAUGGGUGGCGCAGUGACGCAGGGACGCGCCGCGGAGGUCUGCAUCUUGCAUCCGUCAUCACCUUUUUCACUUUGCAAAAGAGAGAGAGAAAAAAAAGCGGUUCUGGACCGGCACCCACCCGGGGACUGGCGGCUGUGGGCGGCGGCGGCAGCAGCAGGCAUUGUGACAGCCAUCUUGGCUCUUCGGUGGCAUCUCUGGAACAUUCUCUGUUCUCGGAGGGAGACGGAGGAUCCGGCCAACUUUCUGACAAACUGCGCGGCGCUCGCACUCCCUCCUGAUAGCCCUCUGCAGCAACAUUCACUCCUCAGUCAUUUCACUAAAAUGCCGUCAGUGAUUCAUUGUGCUGCUCAAACGGGGCGAUAAAGAGUCGGGGAGAAGUUCGCAGAAAGCACCAAACACACUCCUGUUAAUGCAUUAUAGAGCAUCUCGGUGACAUUGAACAUAGCCCUGAUUGCAAUCAGGGACCUGCUGCUGCAACAGAAAGGCGGACAAUGACGUUGAUUUUAGGAGAGGCUCUUUAACGGGGACGACAGAGAUAAAAAUAAGUGGAGUGUUUUUUGUUGUUUUUCGUUUUCCCCUGAUGCUCCAGAACGUCCUGGGUGUGCCAUCGAAGUCCUACCUGGUGUUUUCACUUCUCUUCUGCCCCAGACAGAUUACGUAACAGCAGCAUAUGAGUCAUGAUACUUAGAGGAGCUCUCUCUGUUUCAAUAUGUCUUUCUCCCUGUCUCUCUGUGCUGCGGAUUGUUUUUUUUUUUUUCUCUCUCUCUUUCUUUCUCCUGAAGAGCUCUGAUUGUGGUGCUUCUGGGUCAUUCACAUAGCUCGCACAAACUUUCACAAGGUCCUCAGAAGCAGAGCUGACACACAGCUUGUUUCCCGAUCACAACAUACACACAAACAUAUUGUUUGAUAGCAAAACAAACAUGUCGGAUAUUCACAGAGCAUCAGUGGAAGAAAAAACACGUGUUUUUCACAGCCUUUUCCUUUUUAAUUCCAGUUUCCUUUUGUUGGUCUUGUUAUAAUGUGGCUUUUACUUGAUUGGACAUUGAAUGUUGUUGCCCUCCGACCCCCCCAGGCGAGUUUAUUCUAGAUUUUUCUAGCUUUUUAUCACAUCUCAUAUCCAUCCACUGUGAGUGAGAGGUUCAGUUGUCAUAGGGAUGGUUUUUAUCAUGAGUAUCAAAUGGUCUAAUUUGCUUUUUUAAUUCAUUUAAUAUUUUAAAGGUUAAAUUCAGCACUGUUUUACGAUUGUUGUUACUCUUUUUGCAGCUUUCAGCUCUAAUUCCUCUAGUUAAUAUCAAAAGGGCACAGCUAUCUGCAUACACUGCCUGAGCAUUGUUGAGAAAUAUACUGGCGGAGCUCCAAAAUUUUAAUUUAUUUGAAAAAAUGUAUUGUUUUGUCACUCAUUCCAACACUCACAGUGCAUAAACAGUUCAAAUUUAAUUGGGAUUAUUAUAGUUUCUGGUUGAAAAAAAUUGGUGGGAAAAAAACAACAUACUAUAUACGAUUGCAAUAUUUGAAGACACUUCCUAUCACGGAAUCAGGGAAUAAAACAAAAAAAGGCUUGAGAUAGUUUAGUUUAAGUGCAAUUUGUGUCAAAUUUAAAUUUAAAUUUAAGGAUUUAUUUCUUAAUGAAUGAAAUGGGGCAAAAAUGAAGGAGCUAGUUUUAUGCUUUGCAGAAAAUAAAGAUUCAAUAAAUAAAUAGACUUCUCUUAUCAAACAGAUUGUACUGUACAGCUGCCUUAAUGCUCCUCACAGCAUCAGUCUCAUGAACCCAUUCAUGCCAUGUGCACAGCAUCGGAGCCAAGUGCGGCUUUUUAUGCUAUUUAUUCACAUAAUUCAUAUUCAUCUCAGCACAGAGCAACACUUUACAAUAGAUGCUGAAAACUCCUUUAUUAAAUGUUGCUUUUGGUCUUUUUGUGGACUUGAUUUGCAUAAAGAAAAUGCAGCGAUCUCUGGUCUUUAGGAACAGAAAAAAGAAGAAAAAAAAGAAAGAAAAAAAAACCCCUCACUAAUCACUGCAAUGUUCCCAGAAAAGAAAACAUGUCACAGCUGGGUGGACGUUCGGGGGCCAAGGUCAUUUGUCAGCCGUGCUCUUGACAGUUCUCUCCACUAAUGAAUGUACGACAUCCUCCACUCAUCAGUGCCCCCAAGGAGCGCGGAAAUAGGCCAACUUUAAACACUUGAGAUUCAAGAGAUGUUCUGUCUGCACUACACGAAAUUCUAUAUGUGUGUGUGUGUGUGUGUGUGUGUGUGUGUGUGUGCACCACAUAUGUGUGUAGCUCUGACUGCCUUGACUGACCGGUCUCAUAAAAACAGGGACGUAUUUUCCACCCAGCUUACUGUUUGUGUCUCUUCUGGAGGGUGCACUUCACCACGACGCCCACGGGCUGCCAGGCCGGGUUGUCAGUCGUCAGCCGCGCUCGCGUCAGUGGAUUUUGUGCGUCGUCUCCAUAAUCGCAAGGCGUUUGUUGAAAUCGCACCGUUCACCUGUGGUUAGAGGUAGAAUAUACUGCACAGACAAAAACUGUUAUGUACCAUGUAGUUUACAGCAUACAGUAAAAGGAGCUGCGCAGCGCUGAUUUUGAUCUGAACUCCACCUCAGACGAUUAUAUUGUUGCUGUUCCUCGUCCUUGAUGUCUCCAUUUCCUCCUCGUUGCUGUUUAGGCCUUUCCUGCAUCAAUCCCUACUGGAGGCCUUUGACUUUUACAGUGUUGUGCUACCUGUCUCUUCCUCUUCUGUCAGCCUCACGUUGCCCUUUGUGAUCGUUCCUCCUGUAUAUGAUGAAUGCCGCUGCCUUUGCCCGACUCAGUGAGUUCAGCAGGGACAAGAGGACAGAAUGUGGGCGAUCGAAGCUUCCCGACGUCCUCUACACCGACAUGUUGCAGUAUGUUGUUUGAAUGUUGGAAUGUAUUACGAGUGAUUUUACACUUAGAGAAGAGCCAACCAUUGUUGAGGACACCUUUGUUUGAUUUAACAAAGAAAGAGAAAGUGCAAAAAACUGAUGAUCUCUUUUGUGUUUUUCCAUUGUUUUAGGCUUGGGUGAUUAUCAGCAUUGCUAGGUGUUCGAUGGUUAUUGUACUUGUACGAUGAUUUGGCCGUUUGUACCGCGUGACAUCCAUCGUCCCAAAAAUAGGCAAAAUGUAGGAAAAGUUGUGGAUUUUUUUUUAUGUUGAUUUGCAUUUGUUUUUCUGAAAAAUUCUGCAUUAUUUAUGAUCACAUGUGAAAAAAGGGGUGCAGUCUGUAGCUUACUGUGGUGAGAGGCGAGAGGCAUUUCCUUAGCUGGCUCCCCACAACUUUUCUUUGUGGUCUUUAUGAUAAUUCCUGUGUCGUACCCCUAAAUUUCACUUUGUGACCGAUCACACUCCCAUAUUUUUUUGUCGUUGCUGUUGUUGCUCCACUAUAAUAGCCUCCCUCACCAUCACAUGUAACUCUUCUGUAUUUGAAUUUGUGUUUGUGGGGUUUGUUUCAUUAAUUAUCUCCGUAAACAACCACAGCGGCAAUGCAGUUUUCCAGCAGAUGGUUUCUCAUGUAAACAGGAUGUUUUAAUUCUCCUCCUCACACAUACGGUCUCAGUUGAUAAAUCACACAUGUACUGAACGAACAACUAAUGUGAGCAUUCAAUUUCACACUCCUUACAUAGAGCAUUAGUAAAUCAGGUUUAUAGAGGGAUUAUUGUAGGGUUGUAAUUUCGGUUAUGAAGCCUGUACGAUAUUUCCUCCGAAAAAAUUAGAAUAAUUGUGAGCCUCAUUGUCCUACCUUUUCUACCUGGCAAUGCUGAUAAGGACAGAAUCAGGAGGGUAUACCUGUUUGGCUCUAAAGAUGGGAAAAAAAAACAGGUUUGUAUCAUCUAUAAAGUGAAAAAAAAACUCACGGUUGUUUUGGGAAAAAAAAACCGAUUCCUCUAAAAUGUCAUAUCUAUUUAUUUAUUCUAAAUAA